AUGGAUAAAGAACAUGAUAAUAAAUACAAGGAAAAUAGUGCAAAUGCGCACAAUACAUUCUCAUCAUUCUGUUUGGAUCCUCGAAUUGUACGAGCAGUUUUAAAACUGGGGUUUCGUAGUCCUACUUAUGUUCAAAGCCAAGUAAUUCCUUUAGCUUUAGAAGGAAAAGAUAUUUUUGUACAGGCACGUACAGGAUCAGGAAAGACGGCCGCUUAUUUAAUUCCUAUUAUUGAGAAUAUUUUGAAAAAUAAAGAAUCUCAAAAACAAUCAGAGACAAGAUCAUUAAUAAUUGUUCCUACUAGGGAACUUUCUAAUCAAGUUACGAAUAAUAUUAAGGAACUUACAUUUUAUUGUGGAAAAGUUAUAAGGGUUGUUAAUUUGGCAGCUAAUAUUUCAGACAAUGCAGCAAGAAUAUUGAUAUCUGAGUGUCCUGAGAUAGUAGUUGGUACGCCAUCUAGAAUUAUAGUUCAUCUGAAUGCCUCAAAUCUUCAUAUCCAAGAAAGUUUAUUGCAUUUUGUUAUUGAUGAGUUUGAUUUAAUUUUAUCAUAUGGAUAUUCAGAAGACUUUGAUAAUAUUAUGAAAUAUAUACCUAAAAGGGUUCAGAUGCUCUUAACUACUGCUACAUUUACUGAAGAUCUUGAUAAAUUAAAAAAAGUGAUUUGUAAAGAUCCUGUUAUUUUAAAAUUAGAAGAAAAAGAUUCAUAUUCUAAUCUUUCACAAUAUAGUGUAAGAUGUAGUGAAGAUGAAAAAUUUCUUCUUAUAUAUGUUAUACUUAAACUUCGACUUAUAAAAGGAAGAAUCAUUAUAUUUGUUAAUAAUAUAGAUAGAUGUUACAAGGUAAAAUUAUUUUUGGAACAGUUUGGUAUUAGGAGUUGUGUUUUGAAUUCGGAACUUCCUAUUAAUUCUCGUUUACAUACUAUUGAGGAAUUUAAUAAAAACGUAUAUGAUAUCAUAUUAGCAACAGAUGAAAACAAUUUAUCAAAAGAAUCUGAUUCUAUAGAUGAUAUGCAAGAAAAUAUAAAUAAUGAAUCAACUAAGAUAAUUUCAAAAAAAGAUAACAGUGUCUUAAAAAAACGAAAAAGAAUACAUAAAGAUGGCGAAUAUGGUGUUUCUCGAGGAAUUGAUUUUAAAGAUGUAGCUUGUAUAUUAAAUUUCGAUCUUCCAACUACUGUAAAAUCAUAUAUACAUCGAUCUGGAAGAACAGCUAGAGCGAAUAAAAGUGGAAUGGUUAUUUCAUUUAUUGUACCAGAAAAACUAUGGGGAAAACAUAAAAGCAUAUUAUUAAAAACUGCGAAAUAUGAUGAAUCUAUAUUUGAAAAGAUAAAAGAAGACCAGGAAAUUAAAGGAAUUACAAUUAAACCUUACAAUUUUAAUAUGGAACAUGUUAAUGCAUUUCGAUAUCGAAUGGAAGAUGCGUUAAGAGCUAUUACAAGGACAGUUAUAAGAGAAGCCCGAGAAAAGGAGUUGAGAAUGGAAGUACUUUCAAAUGAAAAACUCAAGAAAUAUUUCGAUGAAAAUCCGAAUGAUUUACAACAGCUUCGACAUGAUAAAGAGCUUCAUCCAACAAGAAUUCAACCACACCUUAAACAUGUACCAAAUUAUUUACUACCAAAAAAAGAAAGGAUAAAUAUUACAGAAAAUAUUGGACAUGUUAGUUUUCAUAAAAAAAAUAUGAAUCGAAUCAAUAAAGUUCGUGUUUCUAAUCUUAAAAAAAGAACAAAGUAUUUUAAGAAUAAAAAUGAUCCUUUAAAAUCCUUUAAAGUAUAUUAA